AUGGCAUUCAAAGGUUUGGUGCCUCUUACCAAGGGAAAGUGCGGUCCUCUCGAUGCACUACUUGAGACCCUAGGCAAGAAGUAUGACGUCGAGCCAAGUGCCAUUCUUUUCAACUGGCAUAAUCAACAGAACGUAGUUGCUAUCACGACCACCCGGAAUCCAGACCGUUUGACACAGUAUAGGAAAGCGUUGACCUUUAGUCUGACACCUUCGGAGAUGGAGGAAAUUACGCAGAUUGGACUGUCACAUCAUUUCUGCGCUGCUCAUCAAAAGAAGUUCGAUGUCAAUGAUCGUACCUAG